AUGGGUUCCCGCUGUGCCAAGCUCAGCACUGGCCACAGCCGGGGCUACGAAUCCCCCAUGAAGAAGCUCGUGGCCUGCGUGAGUCAGGAUAACUUCUCCUUGUCGUCCGAGGGGGAGGGAGAAGAGGGGGGAGAGGAGGAGGAGGACGAGGAGGUAGAAGAGGAGGAGGACGAGGAGGAGCUCCCAGUGCAGGGCAAGCUGCUGCUGAUAGAGGACGAGCGGCAGGAGAAGGAGGGUGCAGAAGAAGAGCCUGCGGCCCAGCAGAGCCCCGAGCCCAAGCAGACGCACUCCUGA